AUGCUGUGUACCACUCCCUUCAGAGAGCAGCACAAACAAGAUCUAACCAGAGUAGAAAGAGAAGCGGGAGGCCCCGCUGCACAACCGAGCAAGAAGACAAGGCUCCAAUGUCACAAUGGCUUGCCAGUACAAUUACACUCUGGACAGCACUCAGUUGAUACAAAUCAUGUGGACUUUCACCCCCUUCAAUGUCUACUCACCGGGGUGGCGCAUCAUUGGGUUCAGCAGCGGCCACACUCCGAUUUCUACGAACCAAUCAAGGGCAGGGUCCAUUUCGCGGCACGCAAUCCCCAAAACGGAGACGCUUCCAUCACCAUUAGCAACGUCAGUCGCUCAGACUCGAUGACUUACAUUUGCCGUGUGAUGAUGUUUCCUGACACGGACCAGAAGAUGAUGACCCUGACGGUCAUGGAAGAGCCAAGUCAACCGAUAUGCAACUUGCAUGAGGAAUUCGCCCAAGGCAAUAAUUUGACGCUCACAAAAGAGGAAUUCGGCCAAGGCAAUAACUUGACGCUCACAUGCUUGUCCUUCCAUGGCGAAUCCCCUCUGACGUACACCUGGGCCAAGAUCAGCGGGAACCAGGUCCUCCCCGCCGAUGCCGUGGUGGACUCCGUCACCUUGCGUGUAGACAAUAUCACCGAGGGGGACUGUGGACGCUAUCGCUGCGCAGUGGAGAGCUUGGUCGGUAGCAAAACCUGUGAGCUCGUCCUCCCCUGUCCGGUCGUGUCAGAAGCCGAGGUGUCCAUCACGGUGGUCGUCGUCAUCCUUGGUGUUGCCAUCAUCACCGCUGGCUGCUUGUGGUGGUACAGAAAGAACAAACAGCAGUAUUUUCUCAGUGAAAUAGUGGGUGAUGUGCCACCUGCUCCCCUAAGGGCUUUAAAAAAAGAAGAGAUGGCGCCGUCUUUGCACUACAAAGUGAGAAACAUGCACAUGAACCAGAACAUUCACAUAAAUAAAAGGGGUGUAACGGUACAAGCAAGUCACGUUUCGGUAUGCACCUCGGUAUCGGGGUCACGGUUCAGUACAAGAGGAAAACUAAAAAGGCUUUUUUUAAAAUCACGGUAUUUCAAAGUUAAAGUUUGUUCUGUUGGGUUAAACUAAAGCAUCAAACUUGUGUGUUUUUGUUUUUAUGGUUCUAACGUUCUUUAAAUAGAUAUCACAUCUUCUUUUGGGAUCGGCGUCACACAUUGUAAACAUGUGACGAAAACUAUGGCGUAUUUUCGUCUGGUCUGACAAAAACAGGCAUCUGUCUUAUGUUUUUUAUGUUUUAGUUUCCCAAGACACAUUUUAACUCGUUAUCAUGUCAUCAUCAUGAAAAGAAUGUGCUCUAACCGCUCGAAGUGUACAGACGCACAUUUCUGAACUCCUGAAAAGCACGCUCCUAUCUUAACCGAUAAGCGCUCAGGCAGCCUGAAAAAUACGACUCCAGUAUGGCUCGGAAAACUCUGAAACCUGAGGAUCUGGAUGAAGUCCUCCAUCCAGAAAAUAGUGGCCUCUAUGUCCUCUAUGACCAAUCUGGAGGCUUCUCUGACUAACCUGAUUCAAAAGCCAGAAUCGGGAAGUCAUGAAAGAAUUACAGCUGAUGCGCGCUGAGAACGAGAAGCUCAAGCAAGUGGUUGAGGAGAAGGAGGCUCGCAUCAAAAGGCUGGAAAUUCUGGCUGAUGAUCUCGACCAAGGAAGACGCGCAAAUGAUCUCAUCAUCUCUGGAUUACAACUGACGCCCAGAUCAUAUGCUAAGGCCGCUAGCCUACCUGUGGCUCAACACCUUUCUGGAUGACCAGAUUGAUGAGUACCGUGAUGACCCAACUGAUAAUCUUGAUCCUGACCUCAACUUUUACAUUAACAUGUCGAACAACUGUAAGUACUACACAGCGGAACAGUACAACAAUUCCAUGAAUGUGGACGGUAAACUGAAACUAAUCCACUUCAUCGCCAGGAGUCUAUACAAAAAUUUUGAAAGCAUUGACGAAUAUCUACAGAGCUUCAAUAACAAUUUUGAUGUUAUUGCCGUCUCAGAAACCUGGCUUAGAUUACUGAUCUGCCAUUGCAACGUGAGUGCUGUGUCUAGAUUACUGAUCUGCCAUUGCAACGUGAGUGCUGUGUCUAAUCUGCUGUAAAAUGGAGCUUGUGGACUGGACACUCAAUUUGGAUAUCAACUGAUACAAUGAACCCACUCAAAUUGACAAUAUGUGAAAUUCCAUGGCAAUCAAUGACUUUUGAAUGAUAUGUGAGUAAAAACAAAAAACAAAACAAAAAACAAAAAAAGCCUGAUAAUAACUGGACUGUAACACAAACAUGCUUGACUAUGCGUCCCGGGCUGUUGGAGGACGGGUAUCGAUAAGCAUUUGCUUUUUCCCGUCUUUCCUUUGUCUUCGUCUUUUUUUCGGGCAAAUUCCACACUCUGAAACUGUCAAUGAUUAUGAUGAUGAUGACAAUGACAAUAAAUUCAUUCAUUCAUUCAAUUGUUUGUUGACGAUAUAUGUUCGUUAUAGUCGUCGUUGACGAAUACAAUACUGAUACUCACUUAGUGUUUCAAUGACUUCAGCUAGGGCUAGAGCAAAAUAAACAUUUCUUGAUUUGAAAAUAUAACAUAAAUGCACUUCAAAUAGUGUUAGUAAUACUGCAAUUGAUAGUUCCCACUCUGUACCGUCGCACUGAACCGUGAUUGACAGUUAGGGCUAGAGCAAAAUAAACAUUUCUUGAUAUGAAAAUAUAACAUAAAUGCACUUCAAAUAGUGUUAGUAAUACUGCAAUUGAUAGUUCCCACUCUGUACCGUCGCACUGAACCGUGAUUCCACAUACAGUGACAGUACAGGACGACAACAAAUGCCAUUAUACUCUUAAUUACUAAUCUAAAUAAUGACCUCCUCUCUGUUGCACAAGCCAAAGACAAGACCGUCACCAUGUGCACUUCAUCACAGCGCCAUUUCGCUUGCUUCAAGACUAAAGAGUUUUGAGUUUUUCAAUUGUAGAAAAAAAAAAUUCCGGAGAAAUUGAAUGUUUCAAUAAACCUGUUUGAAGUUUGGGUCACAUCCUAUUCAUUUGGGGGCAUUUCUGGGUUGCUACCUGUUCAUUUUGAGUCACUUGCGAUGAUUUUGGUGCAAUUUCAAAGCACUUCCUUCAUAUUUCGGGGCACUUCCCCUUAAUUUCGGGAAAUUUUGAUUUUGUGGCAAACCCGGGGCCAUUUCUCAAUUAGCUUUCUUGUCUAUCACAGCAGGGGCGCUGGAAGUCACUCAGAGCAGGGGGUGCUGAAUAUUUUAUUGAAUUUUUUUAAGUCCAUAUUUGUCAUGCUCGCGCAUUUGCUCCAUGCAAGGCAUGCAAAAUGUCAGUACACAUACAUGCUGGAUAUUUACGUACUACUACUAGGCUACUAAAACGACAGCAUUCUAUUUCAUCUACAGUGUGUGUUGGGAGUUUUUUCGUAAUGGGAAAAAAAGCGCCAGUGUAUAAAAUGAAAAUCCCCGUAUCUAGCUGUCGUAAUGACACGAACACAUUUGAAAACUAAAUGGUCCAAUACGCUACACGGUUUAAGACCCCCUUUUCACAACACUAAAAUAAAUUCCAAACUCGAAUUUUAGAAAAUGUCGGUGUUUUUGUAAAGAAAAAAAUCGCGAAUUCGUAUUUGCUCCAUCUGAACGCCAGAGUUAACUUUUCUGUUCCAAUAGCCGCCUCAUUCAAAGUGGCCUGGUAGCAGGCAAAGUUUCAGGUGGUGGUCAUCUUGUUAACAACAACAAAAAAACCUUUUCAACAUAUAUAUUUAAUCCCCAAAUUUAAAUACGCGGUUGUUUCAAUAUGUUUUGUUUUUAACAACCAGUGUUGUUAAUCUUACUGAAAAAAAGUAAUUAAUUAUAGUUACAAAUUACUUCUCCCAAAAAGUAAUUGCGUUAGUAACUCAAUUACCUGAAUGUAAGAGUAAUUAGUUACUUGGCAAAAUAAUUGGUGAUAAUUACUUUUUUUUUUUCCCCUCAAAAAAAAAAAAAAAAACAUUGGCCACACUAUGUGAAGUUUUUUGUGAAGGUUUUUGGUACAAUUGGCCCGAGCCCAAUUCUUUACCCUAAUAGGGAAUGGGACGUACUACGUCAUUGUUUGGACGCGCCUCCAUGCUGGCAAUAUGAUUCACUUCCGGGCCGGCAGAGUCAAUGCGGAUUGUAACGUGUGGUAGUGCUAAGCUAACUCUUUCGGUGUUUUAGAAAGAAAAUAUGGGUGCUUAUUGUUGCGUUACCGGGUGCAACAGCGUCUCCUACGACAAAAAAAGGGGUUAGGAAAAAUGGACUCACUUUUCACCGUUUUCCUGCAUGGAGGACCAAAUAUCAGAUCACGAAGGUACGACGGAUGGCUGGAUUGCAGCGGUUCGUCGGAAAAGCAUUUAUGAUCAUAUUUCUGCUGGAAUGAGAGUGUGUUCCUGUCAUCGCUACUCUUGUAAGUUGAACGCUUUAUCCACUUUUGGUUUCAAUACGUUUUUGUUUUUUUACACCGUUGUGUAAAUCUGCCUCGGUAGCAAUGCUCGCCUACUACGACUCACCUACCUGUUGUGUUCCUAGGUAAACCUGCUGACAACACAUCCCGAUUGGUCACCAUCUCUCUUCUUGGAUCAUUUGACAAAAUUUGUUCAAUGGAAUGGUUCCAUUUGUCCUGUGUCGGACUCAAACAAGCCCCUGCAGCAGACGCCAUCUGGGUCUGCCCUUCUCGUCGAUGAACUGCGGGCUUUUAACUUGUGAAAAUGCAAGAACUUUAAUGCACAUAUUUAUUCUGCCUGGCUAUUUAACUAUGGCCAGUGACGUAUUAUUAUUAUUAUUUUUUUUUUUUUUUAAACCACUUUGACAAAGACACGUUUCAUUGUAAUGUUGAAUUUAUAUAUUCUAUUAUUAUUUUUAAAUUAUAAUAUUCUUAUUUGCACUUAUGGAGACUUUAGACUGUCAAUUCAAAUAGUGUUGGAAAAGUUGCAAUACCUAAAAUAGAAAUGCAAGAACUGUAAAGUACAUAUUUAUACACCUUUAUUUCCCUAAGGCCACUGGAUGUUUUUUAACUGCUUUGAAAAAAUACAGGUUUUGUUGUGAUCUUGUAUUUAUAUAGUAUAUAGCUUUUUAUAAUGUAUUAUGUAUUAUAAUAUUUGCUGCCCCCUGCCAGAGUGUGGGCCAUUUUGUACUAAAAGGAUUUUAAACUGUCAGUUCAAAUACUGUGUUGGAGACAAGUACUUGCAAUACUUAAAAUGGAAAUGCAAGAACUUUAAAGCACAUAUUUAUCCUGUCUGGCAAUUUACCCAAGGCCAGUAAAUAGUGUUUUAAACUGCUUUGACAAAGACACGUUUAUUGUGAUCUUGUAUUUGUGUAUUACUUAUAAUUAUAUAAUAUUUGCUGCCACCGUCAGAGGGUGGGCCUUGUUUGCACUAAUUUAAAGAUUUUAAACUGUCAGUUCAAAUAUCGUAUUGGAGAAAUUGCAUUACUUGAAAUAAAUCUAUUGCAACUUAUCAGUCCCAGUUCUUGUCUACAACUUUGUCCAAAAAUUGUCAAUGCAUAUUCCAAAUAGAAUAACAAAAUUAAGUCACCUGACUUUGUAAUUAUUACACCUGUUUAUUAUGAAGACCUGAAGUAAACAACAAGCAGUUACAGUUUGUCAAGAAGUUGUUCAAGUCAUGUUUUGGUAUUCAUAUUUUAUUGACUUUUCACAACAACACUUGGGAUCGUGUUCGUAAGAGCAGAGCAAACUGAAGUUUCAGCGUGCACUCUUCGCCUUUCCAACCUCUCAUAACCAGUGUUGUUAAUCUUACUGAAAAAAAGUAAUUAAUUAUAGUUACAAAUUACUUCUCACAAAAAGUAAUUGCGUUAGUAACUCAAUUACCUGAAUGUAAGAGUAAUUAGUUACUUGGCAAAGUAAUUGGUGAUAAUUACUUUUUUUUUUUUUCCCCUAAAAAAAAAAAAAAAAAACAUUGGCCACACUAUGUGAAGUUUUUUGUGAAGGUUUUUGGUACAAUUGGCCCGAGCCCAAUUCUUUACCCGAAUGUACCCUUUACCCUGAAUCAACUGUUAAAAGUUGUUAAAAUUGCUCCCAUUAUUGCAUUUGUUCCCUUCUCUCUACUUUCGACAUAUGAAAGUUUUAAAACUGUUUCAUCAUUUAAAGAUAGAUUCAAGUCAAGAUUUUGCCGAUUUAGAAGUAUUUUAGAUAAAAAGUUACUUAGGUUCGCUAGGAAGGUUCUCUACAACAGAGCCGUCCUAAAAAGUCUACUGCUUUAAGAUGGCGGCUGUCUACUAACGCAUUUAGUGCCAUGCAGUGUUGUUAAUUUUACUUUAAAAAAGUAAUUAAUUACAGUUACAAAUUACUUCUCCCAAAAAGUAAUUGCGUUAGUAACUCAGUUACCUGAAUGUAAGAGUAA